UUGUCAUCAUAAAACCGAUGAACAAUUCACAAACAACCAUUCUACUCAUUAUACCUACUUCUGUUUGUGUUUUCGGUUGUGCGGCUUUUUGCAUUGUUUUACAAGAUUAAAGCUGAAAUAAAAAUGCAGAACUUACAGAUCCAAGAACUUUUUUCAAAGUUCCAAGACCAUAUCACUGAGGAACAAGACAAGCGCGAGGAAAUAAGAGAAGUUGUCAAGCUGAUCGACACAUCUACGAAACAGGCAGCUACCAUUCUACAAUCGAUACAUUCGGAUCUAUCGAAAAUUCCGGAGAGCUGCGUAUUGGCUCGAAAGCAUUUCAGUGACUGCAAAGAGCAUUUUGCGAAAUUGGGAACAAUUAUUCCGCAUCAGCAGUACUACAGAUACAACGAAUGGCAUUAUCCCACCCAAAGAAUCGUUUUUAUGAUUGCAUUGACUGUGUAUCUGGAAAACGGAUCUCUAGUUACACGAGAAGUUGUAGCUGACACACUUGGAUUAAAAGUGGUCCAACAGGAAGGAUUCCAUUUGGACGUCGAAGACUACUUAAUGGGACUGCUCCAGUUAGCAUCUGAGUUGUCCCGUUUUGCCAUAAAUUCGGUCACAUUGGGCGAUUACGGGCGACCGUUGAAUAUAUCUCGUUUUGUUGGUGAUCUGAGUUCAGGCUUUCGAUUAUUGAAUCUGAAGAAUGACGGUCUGCGCAAACGGUUCGAUGCAUUGAAAUACGACGUAAAGAAGAUUGAGGAAGUCGUCUACGACAUAAAGAUCAGAGGAUUGAUACCAGCUGCUGUUGCGGCUGAGUAAUUCGUUAAGGACUUAAUUUUCGCAUAAUCAAAACUUACCAUUUUCACAAAAUCCUUUUUUUUUGCUCUUUGAAUUAAAGUGAAGAAAAAAAUUGUUAAUUCAAACAACAUGAUAAUAAAGGUCAUCUCAUUCAUAAAAUAA